GCGGCACCUAGAGCAGCCACAGGCCGGGGAAGGGAACGACACUCCCCUCAGGGACCCUGACGCCCUCCCCGCCGACCUCUCCUCCUCGCAUCCCGCCACCCCCGCGGGGUCACGUUCGCCCACAGGCUCCCACCGAACCUCCACGCCACGCGGCCUCCCACGACGUCCGCCCACAACACUGCCCCCCCCCCAACACACCCCGCUACCGGACUUUUCCGUUCCCAGCGGAAGCGGUCCCAGCCGGACCCACCAAAGUAACGGACCGACGGCGUGGGACGGCGGUUGCUAGGAGACGGGGCACCGCCGGCCGCGCCGCUCCGCUCCUCCCCACGGUCACGGGUGGGAGCUGCAGCCCUACGGCGGGACCCUCCCGGCCCCCCUCACGGGCAGGGCGACGCCGCCAGCCUCAGCCCUCUGGCUUCCUAUGGUGCUGCGACAUGGCGAGUGGCGGCCCGGCACCCCGGCGGCAGCCGCUGUCCCUGGCCGAGGUGGAGCCGGGCAGCGAGAACGAGCGGCUGGGGGUGGCCCGGGACAGCAUGUUGUGCAACCCGCUCAUCCUCAAGGCAGAACUGGGGAAGCCCCUGAGAAACUGCUACACCCUGCCAGGCUUUGAUUUUUCAUACGGGCUGUACAUCCACAGGACAGAUGGAGGAGUCCCUGAAGCGAUAGGCCACUGGAACACAGUAAAGCCCAGGACUCCUUUAAUUCAGAAGAUGCCCCGAGACUUCAUCACCAUGAACCGCGGUGCUCUGAAGGCCGGUUAUACCACAGCCCAUGAAUUUAAUUUAUACUACAAGGCCAAGGACAUUCGGUGCAGAGAUGAUGAAAACAGUCGCUUCAAGAGAUGUCCUCCUAAAGUGCCUGCAGACUUGACUUAUGGCAUCACAGCACGGCCUUGUACUCCCUUUUUUGACCUCCUCCAACACAAAUACAAGGAGCUGUGGAUGGAGCAGCAGAGAGCGCUGACAGCAGCCCAGCGAGUGGAAAAGAAAAAGAAAAACAAAGUGUGUGAAACUCGCACCACAUUUCUGCGAAAACACCCACUACCUGCAAAGGAGGAGUCCUUCUGGCACCUGCCCCACUUGGAAAAGGUUGGGCCUCAUCUCAGUACUUUUCCAGACCGUGAUGCUCGUAAAAAGGUAUUCAGUGCCUCCCGUUGAGACGUGCCUGCGAGAUGUGGUCCCGUUCCCCAGAGCAUCCAUGCAGCGAGGACCGCAGCGCUGUGCUGGGCACCGCAGCCCUUAGACCCUGUGAUAGCCAUAGACAAUAGGCUUUCUCUCUAGUUUUAGAGAAUUAUGCUAAUGCAGCUACAGCCAAAUAAAUCACAAAUAUUAGAGGAA